UUUUUUUAUUAAAGCAUAUUUUACACCAAUUCAAUAAAUGCCACCUAAAAAAUCAAAUGCCAUUGUUGACGUUGUUAGUGAUCUAAUGAGAGCAGCAGCAGGCUCUGGUGCAAAGGAUAUUGCAGAUGAAGACAUUGAUAAAUAUGUUGCUGAUCUUAUUCUAAAGGAAGCCGAAGAGAAGCGUAAAAAAUAUAAUGAAAUUGGUGUGCAAGCAUAUCAACCUCAGCCUAAAAAGCCAAAGCCAAAUACUCGUUUUUUAUUUAAUGUUGUCAAGGCAACUGAUAGUCAUAACCAAGCUGUUAUUAAAACUAAUGAGGAAAAUUUAGCUCGAUUACGAAGAGAAAGAGAAUUGAGAACAAAAAAUGAAAGACGAAAAAGUCAUCAGCAUCACGAUGAAAGCAGAAAAAGACAUAGACAACGUUCAUUAUCACCGCAUUCUUCAGAUGAUCAUAAAAGACGCAAUCGAGAUGGAGAGAAAUCCUCCUCUCAUCAUCAUCAUCAUCAUCGAUCCCCAUCAACUAAAAACAGAAAAUCAAGCAAAGAUGAGGAAAUACAGUUUAGAGGGAGAGGGAAAAUUAGAAUUAAUACAUCCUCUAUGGAUAAAUAUUUUUCAAAAGGGUAUGAUCCUUUAUUAGAUACAGCUAUUUCGGAUGAUGAAGGGAAACGAACAUUAAAUAAGAAAAAGAAGAGAAAUGAAAAAUAUAAAACUGAAAGUAGUCAGGGUUCAAGUUCACCUGAAAUCGGCCCAAAACCACUUUAUAGAACAUCCAAUGGGCCAACUUGAUUUUUAUAUUAUCCACGAAACUGUCGUAAAGUAGUCUUAAAAUAAAAUAAAUAUGAAUUAGAUAUUGUUUAAAUAAGUAAAUCUGUGUGUGUGUGUGUAUGUUUUGUCAUUUACUUCUAAAGCUUUUUCUAUAUCUUCCAAUUUAACAUAAUUAGCAUGUCUUUCAGCUGCAAUUUGUUCAGAAGUUUUAGCUAAUCUAUCAAGAAAUAAAACAAAGUCUAAAUACAUCAAUAUAUCAGCAUUAGAUGAUA